GUUUGUGUGUGUCAGAAAUCGAGGAAGUAAAGUGAGCCUAACUUUUCGAUCAGGACGACGCGGAGUCAUUAAUCUCGAUUUCUUAAAGAAGCUGUAGUCUAUAAGAGCGUUAACGUCUCCGAACAGAAGGGAAUAUACUUUCUAUCAUUUAAAACGGGUAAUAAGCAGCUUCUUGGCUCAUCUUUUUGUUGUUGGGGAAACUCAGUGGAUGCUGGCAGAGAGUACGCCCAGUGAGUUAUGCUGACGCCUGUCUGCAUAUCAGGAUGAGCACUACAGAACAUGAUAGAGAGGCCCGUGUUGUGCAGAUCUACCCCAGGCUUUCCCAGGACACAGCCACCUACUGUCCCCUGCAGGUCAGCGCUGCGGACACGGUACGGACGGUCAUCCGCAAUGCCGUGGUCACUCUGGGCCUGGAUGCCAGCCGAACGUACAGCCUGCUGGAGGUCAGGAGACAUGGGAAAGAGGAGAGGCUGCUGGAGGCUGGGGACCGCCCUUUGGAGAGAGUUCUGCUGUGGCCGCCAGGGACACAGAGGUGGCACCCUCAGAGCCAUGGGUACUACUUCAUCCUGCAGGACCAGCAAGCCAACAAUGGAGGCAACCAAGUAGAAAACAGCGGUGAGGACUAUGCGGACCUCUGUAACCUACAAACUGUGACCGAGGAGAGUAUUCUGGAGGCUUUACGCCAGCGCUUCUACAAGCUCAAAAUCUACACCUACGCCAGCAACAUCCUCAUCGCCAUCAAUCCCAAUAAGUUCCUUCCUCUUUACUACAAUCCCAAGUAUGUCAAGAUGUACGACAACCAGCCACUGGGCAAACUCAGCCCUCAUAUAUUUGCCAUAGCAGACGUGGCCUUCCAGGCAAUGCUGAAUCGGCAGGUCAACCAGUGCAUUGUGUUGUCUGGUGAGAGCUGCUCAGGGAAGACUGAGAGCAGCAGUUAUCUCAUCCACUGCCUGACGGCCCUCAGCCAGAAGACGUACUCCAGCGGAAUUGAACGGACCAUCCUCGGGGCCAGCCCGGUGCUAGAGGCCUUUGGCAACGCUAAAACGGCAGAGAAUAACAACUCCAGUCGCUUUGGGAAGUUCAUCCAGCUCAACUAUCUGGAGAACGGUGUCAUCAGAGGGGCAGUUAUUAAGAAGUACCUACUGGAUAAGUUCCGCCUGGUGUCCAGAGAUCAAGGGGAGAGGAGCUAUCACGUGUUUUACUAUCUGCUGGUGGGCGCAUCCAAAGACGAGAAAAAGGAGUUCCAUCUGUUGAAGCCGCAAGAUUAUCUCUACCUCAAGCAGGAAGUGCUCCCUUUAGAUGACGAGGAGAAACUUGGGCAUGAGUACAAGAGGCUCCAUCAAGCUAUGGAGAUGGUUGGCUUCCUGGCCUCCACCAAGAAACAAAUAUUUUCCAUCCUCUCUGCCAUCCUGCACCUGGGCAAUGUGACGUACACACAGUCGGAGGCCACUGAAGUCCUGGAUGUUGGACCUGCUGAAGUUUUGUCCACACUGUCUAACCUGCUCAAAGUGAAAAAGGAGCAACUGGUCAAGGCUUUGACCAAGAGGAGAGUAAUGACCGCCAACGCCACCGUAGUAUCGCAGUACACACUACAAGAGGCCUCCACAGUGCGGGACUCCAUGGCCAAGUCUUUAUACAGCGCUCUGUUUGACUGGAUCAUCCUUCACAUCAACCACGCAAUGUUCAACAGACGAGACAUGAAGGAGUCGGUCACCUGUUUGUCCAUCGGCGUCCUGGAUAUGUUUGGAUUCGAGAACCUCCAGACAAACAGCUUUGAGCAGCUGUGCAUCAACUACUCUAAUGAGAAACUGCAGUAUUACAUCAACCAGCACGUCUUCAAGCUCGAGCAAGAAGAUUAUGUGUCAGAGGGCAUCACCUGGCAAAACAUCGACUACACUGACAACAGCGGCUGCAUUCAGCUGAUCAGCAAGGAGUCAACUGGACUCUUUGACCUGCUGGAUAUGGAGAGCAAAGUCCCUCAGGCCACAGAUGAAACCCUGUUGGACAAGUUGAAGCAGCAACAUAGGGACAACCCAUUAUUUGUUCUGUCCUCACAUGGAGAGCCUACUUUUGUCAUUCGACACUUUGCUGGAAGGAUUAAAUAUCACAUCAAGGAUUUCCGGCAGAAAAACACGGAGCACAUGCGUCCUGAAGUCAUAUCACUUCUACGGAGCAGCGAGCGGGCGUUUGUUCAUCAGUUGGUUGCAUCCAGUCCAGAAGCUCUGUUCAGAUGGGGAGUCCUCCGAGCCACCAUCCGCAUCCUCGCAGUAUUCAAGAAACUGGGACGCCAGCGGGCAGAAUCACUAUCUGCUCGACGAGGCUCUCGCAAAACCCUCAAAGAGAUGAAAAAGAGCAGCAGUGCUUUGGAGAGACUGUCCAGCAACAGCCUGACUCUGGAUUUCUCCUUUGAUCGCUCUGAUGAACAUCCUCUUGAUGCAUUUGAAGACAUCUUUGUCAAUUAUGAAAAGAGAAAGAAAAAUCGAGGCAGUCGACACAAGCAGCUCAUUCCAAAGAACCUCGUGGAUUUGCAGUCCCUCAGACAUAUUGUUGGACUCGCCGCACACGACCAAACCAGCAAAUUCAUCUUCCACCCUCAUCGGAGGACAAUGCCCCCGACAGUUGGCACUCAGUUUCAGACCUCACUCGGAAAGCUGAUGGAGGCAAUUGAAAAAGCCGAGCCAUUCUUUAUUUUCUGUGUUCGCUCCAACGCUGAAAAGAAGGAGCUGCACUUCGAUGAUGAACUUGUGCUUCGGCAAAUCAAGUACCAUGGAAUACUGCAGAUGGUUCAGAUCCAGAAGUCCGGCUACAGUGCCAAAUACACAUUCGAGGGAUUUUUUGAGAAGUUCAGAAUGUUGCUUCCAAAAGGAGCUACUGUGACGCCAGAGCACAUAACUGAACUGCUUGAGAAGAUGGAGCUGGAUAAGACCGCUUAUCAAAUAGGAAAAACCAAGGUGUUUCUCAAGGAGAAGGAGCGGCAACUGCUCCAAGACACUCACAACAAAGAAAUGAUGCGUCACAUCAUCAUCAUGCAGCGCUGGUUCCGUGCCAUUCUGUUAAGGAUGCACUUCCUGCAAAAAAGAGAUGCCACAAUGAUUAUACAGAGAAACUGGCGUGGGUUUUAUGAGAACCAAAACCGAGCUGCUACGGUGAUCCAGACAGCAUGGAGGAGUUCACUCAAGAAGUCAAAUCACCAACAUAAGACGGAUGAUAAGAACAUGUCCAAGGCCCGGCCUGGACGGGACAGUUUGACAAAAAGGGAGUUGACCAGGCAGCAAAAAGUGGAGCUCAGCCCCAACAGGACCCAGCAGAGGUCCAGGAGCAGAGAGAAGCGAGAGGGCAGAGGAUCCCCUCCCCCUCUCAACAGGCCCCUCUCCCUCCCACUGGAACCUAAAGUUGGCAGUGAUGACCGCACCAGCCCCUCUAAAAGCAGCUCGCUACAGCGCUACACAGAUGGUGGGGCCUUCAAGGAGAAGGCGGAGCGGUGGACGGGAAGAAAGAGCGACGGAGAACGGACGGAUGAAUCAAGUCCAGAACUACGGCGGCGACAAGGCGUUCGGAAAGAGUUUCAGCUCAAAGGGAAGUCCUUGUCUGUUGAUGAACUAUCAACGAUCAGCUCAUCAGGCUCUGAUGGCUCACCCUCUACCAACGAGGUCAGGGUGCGUUUCCGCAAGCAGCCCAAACGCAAGCGGCGCUUAGCCUACGCCCGCAGCAGUCUAUUGAACUUUGGGAUCUCCAAGGAGAGCGAGUACUGGAGCUUUCCGCUGCCUCCCAUCAGCCCCCAUGUAGCCAACCUGAGGGGCGCGGCCAGUAGCAUGGAUCUCCGGGCCUCCAAAUCCCAGGUCAAGGUACCAGCAGAAACUGAUGGGUCAAGGUUCAGUUUUCUAGCCAAAAGCACCAAUGAGGACUCGGGACAACGGGGAUCUAACCAAUCACAACUCACAACUCCUGAGAGGAUUUGGUUUCUCAGCAAAUUCCUGAAAAAGCGGGCGCCUAAAUAUUCCCCGGUCAACGACCCUCCAUCAAAUACAGUCACCUUGGCCAGCUACACUCCACAUCCCUACCACAGGUCAAACCACGACAGUGAGAGGGUCAGCCGAAACCCGACCAUUCGAAUCAGCCGGGCCACACGGGCGUUGCAGGGUAACACGUCUCUGGACCGCGAGAUCACCGACCCCAACGAGCUGCGAAACCUGGACGAAUUCCUCGGCAAUCAGGUGAAUGAGUUGCGAAGUAGAAAAGAUCUGUCACCAACAGAGAGCAUCUUCCUCUCAGCCACCAUGCAGUUCAGAGAUACCAUCAAAGGCAUGUACUCCGUCAAGAAGCCCCAAAUUGGCUACAAAGAUCUGAUGAAGGGCUACCGCAACAAAGUGAACACACUAGCAGGGUCCAAGAAGAAGACGGAGGUCUCGUUGGUGGUCAACUUGUUUCAGUCUGUGCUGGACGGCUUUAUAAGGGGCGAGCGAAAACGAGUGAAGUCUGAACCAGCCAAGGCCACCAAGACGACGACGAAGAAGAGGAGGAAAAAGGAAAAAUGUCCUAAUAGUCCUCUGGAUCACCUGUUCAGCACAUACCAGGUGAACAUCAUGCAGUCGUGUGACUUGUGUGGCUCCUACAUCUGGGGAAUGGAGAAAGCCUACAUGUGCAGUGCUUGCAAGUUAAUAUGUCACAAGAAAUGCCUGUCCAAUAUCAUCACAGAUUGCUCGACACGCUGUGCCAGACAGGAUGACAGUGUACCAGGCUCCCUUCACUUUGGGGUGCAGGUGUCUGUCCUCACCAGUAAAGCCAACCCUGUGCCCAAAGUGGUGGAGUUGUUGCUGAUGCACGUGGAGCUGAACGGCCUCUACACGGAGGGUAUUUACCGCAAGUCGGGCUCAACCUGCCGAGCGAGGGAGCUCCACCAGAUUCUGCAGACUGAUCCUGAAGGGCCCUGUUUAGACAACUACUCCAUCCACACCAUCACAGGUCUGGUUAAGCGUUGGCUCAGAGAGCUGCCGGACCCCCUCAUGACCUUCUCCCUCUACAGCGGCUUCCUGCAUGCCGUGGAGCUGCCAGAGAAAGCUGAGAGGAUAAGGGCUGUAUACCAAAAGGUUGAUGAACUUCCGCCUGCCAAUUACAACACGUUGGAGCGACUCAUCUUUCACCUUGUCAGGGUUGCAAAGGAGGAAGAGCACAAUAAGAUGUCACCAAGCUCUCUUGCUAUCGUGUUUGCCCCCUGCGUACUGCGUUCACCUGAUGUGGAUGACCCCUUCCUGGGUAUGAAGGAUGUGGGCAAGACUACAAUGUGUGUUGAUAUCCUGAUCUGUGAGCAGCUCAGACGCUACAAUGAGAAGAUGCAGAAUAUCCAGGAGCUGGAAUACGCAGAGGCCCUGGCUGUCAAUCAGCUCAAACUGAGGAGACAAAACACGCUUGUUGAAAAGCCUUCAGAGCUCGAUGUUCCAGACCAAACAAAUUCUGACGAAAUGGAGAGGACCCUCAUCGAUAGGAUCAAAUCCAUCAAGCAAGAAAAGGUGGACUUGGCCUGCAGGUUACCUGACCUGGAGGAAGAGCAAUCUGACAAUGACAACCUGGACUCAUCGUCGUCGAUGAGCUCAGACAGUCAAGAGGACAUCCUGGGCAGCCUGGACUUGGAAGUACCAAGAAAGGUGACCAUGCGAUUAAAAACCCAGAAACCCGACUGCCCACCUAAACCUGCUGACCUGGCGCAGAGAGUCAGAAGUCUGAUGUCUCCGAUAGAUGAUGCCCAGAGAGAGUUCGCACCAGGACGAAUGACAGAUGUUACCCAAUCCAUGUGCUUCCUGCCCGACAACCAGCCCCAGAUCACCAACAAAACGUCCAAUAGGAGAUUUGAAGACCUGGACAUCCCUUACAUCGAUGAGGAUGAAGAUUUAACCUGCACAUAACACCACAAGUUGUAAUAAUUGGAAUAUUCCCAAGUAUGUGUUAAAAGAUUUGUAAAUGUCAAAAAAAUAACUGUGCACUUUGUUUUGUAGACUUUUUCCAUUUUUCAAUGCUGCUAUGGAAACAAAGUGCUUUGCGACGGUAGAUGGUACGGGCUGUCCCUUCAGGGUUUUUAUAACUGAUCUGGAGAAGAACCAACAGCAAGGACUACUCGGCCUCUUCAUAUUUCUAUGCACUGUAUGUGAUAUAAAACGGAUUUCAAAAAUGUACAGUUCACAUUUUAUAAAAGGUAGGUACUUAUGUGAAGCUGUGUGACCAGCAGUGUUUCAUCCAUAGAGAAAAACAUGGUGAGCAACUAAGGAUACAAGUCCCUCCUUUACCAGUGUACAUUAUUCUGAGCUCCACCACUGUGGUAUUAAUGGGAUUUUUAUGGUGUUUGUGGGGGAAAAAAAUGUCUUGUAAGUGUACCAAAAAGGCGUGGUCGGAGAAUCGGAGUGCUUCUUGAUUACACAGAGCGACAUUGCGUUUCGGGGCAUUGUUCAUCUAAAACUUUUUUCUUAUGUUUUUCUGCUCUUCAUGUUCCUGUGGUACUGCUGUGACUGACCAUUGAUUCAAUACACCUGAAAGGGGAAUGGGCAUAUUGCUACCUUUUAGACUGACUGAAAAUACUUCCCUCUGUAACUUCUCUUGGCUGUGCAGUUUCACAAAGUAAAUGUUUUGUCUGUACAUGUAGGUUUUUUUUAAAACAUGCAUGCCUGUACAUUUUACACGGACUAAUGCGUAUUGGGGUGAACAUCCUCAGGGUUUGACUUUUGUGUAAUAAACUGACCAUUUUCAAACGUC